AUGCAAAGAGAAGCCGCUCACCAAACAGUGGAACGAUUGGGAGAGUUAGGCUAUGUUGAAUUUAAAGAUUUGUCUUCUCAUUUAAACGCUUUCCAGAGACAAUACGCCAAUGAAGUAAAGCGUUGCGAAGAGUUGGACAGAAUUAUUCGUUAUUUUGAUGAACAAAUUCUCAAAUCUGAAGUUACCUUCGCAAGCGGUGAGAACUUCCCAGGUGAUGAUGAGGAAACCAAUGAAUACGGAAACAUUUUGGAUAGCUACGAAAAGGACUUCUCUAAUUACGAGAAGGAACUCCGUGAUUUGUCUGGAAAUCUCGACCAAAUGAUUGCCGAAAAGAACAAGGCAGAGGAGUUCAGCUAUGUCAUCAACUUGGCUUCUCAAUUCUUCAAAGGUGAUGAGGAGAGCUACAGUGAUGAUAGCGAAGCUGGAAUGUUGGCUGGCUCCAGAGGUUCUAGUCUGGGUUAUAUGACUGGAGUUAUUCCACGUGAGAAGAUUCCAUCAUUCUUGUUGCUUAUCUAUCGUAGUACUCGUGGUAACGUCGUGCCAAGAUUUGCUGAGAUUCCAGUUCCAUUAUUUGACCAAAAGUCUGGUAAGAUGAUUGAAAAGAACGUUUUCGCAGUCUUCUUUGGUGCUUCUGCUGCCAAGGAAAAGGUCAAGAAAGUCUGUGAAGCUUUGGGAGCUUCUAUUCACGACUUCCCAGAACAAGACAUUGCUGGUACAAAGAGAUCUGUAGAACAAAAGAUUGGUGAAUUGGAAACCACUAUUGAAAGCACCAAGUCAAGAGUUACUGACAUUUUGAGCAAGAUUUCGGUCAACCUUCCAAGAUGGAAAGAGAGGGUACACAAGGAGAAGGCAAUUUUCCACACUCUCAAUUUAUUUAACUAUGACAUUAAGGGUUCCGUUGUUGCAAUUGGUUGGUGUGCUGAGAAAAACGUUGAAAAUGUGAAGAGAGAAAUGGAAGAAGCAAGAUUAGGCUCCAAUGCUCAAGUUCCAUCCAUUUGCGAUAUUAUCCAAACGAACGAAACACCACCAACAUUCUUUGAAACCAACAGAUUUACAGAGGUCUUCCAGAACAUUAUCAAUUCCUAUGGUAUUCCUGAUUAUAAGGAAGUGAACCCUGCUGUAGCCUCUACUAUUCUCUUCCCAUUCCUUUUCGCUGUCAUGUUCGGUGAUUUUGGUCACGGUAUUUUGUUGACCUUGUUCAGCUUUGCCAUGGUUAUCUUUGAAAAGAAGUUGAAGCCAGUUGCUGAAAGCAGCGAGUUGUUUAGCAUGGUAUUUGCUGGUAGAUAUAUUCUCUUGCUCAUGGGUAUCUUCUCGAUUUACACUGGUUUCCUCUACAAUGAUGGUUUGGGCUUGGCUGUUGACAUUUUCAAGUCUGGAUACCAAUGGAAUGGACAUAUUGGUGAAAAGAUUCCAGAUGUCACCUAUCCAUUCGGUGUUGACCCUGCUUGGUUCCACACAUCCAACAAGCUUCUCUAUUACAACUCUUUGAAGAUGAAAAUGGCCGUCAUUUUCGGUGUAGGCCACAUGUCCAUUGGUCUCUUCUUUGCUUUAGCUAACAUGAUUCACUUUGGACAUUUCCUUGACAUUUUCCUUGAAUUUAUUCCUGAGGUUCUUAUUUUGUGGUCCACAUUCGGUUACAUGUGCUUCUUGAUUAUUUACAAGUGGUGCGUCAACUGGUUUGAUCCUAUUUAUGUUGGAAAGUUUGAUCCACCUCAAAUUUUGCCAAUGAUGACCGACUUCUUCUUGAGUCCAUGGAAGAUGUCUCAACCACCAAUGUUCUACAGUGGUGGUGAUGUUGAAGCAGCCAAAUCUGCUCAAGCAUAUGCUCAAAUUGGUCUUUUAUUGAUCGCUGUUAUUUGUAUUCCAAUUCUCCUCAUUCCAAAGCCAAUCGUUGAAUACUGCAAGCAAAAGAGAAAGUUCAAGCCAAGAAAAGCUGAAGACGCUGAAGCUGUUAACUCUAACAGUGAUGAAGCCCAUCAUGUUGCAAUUUUGGAAGGAACAGACGGUACAGACCAAUUGGCUCAUCACAGAGAACCUCAACAUCACGAAGAAAUUGAACCAUUCUCUGAAUUGUUCAUUAAGCAACUUAUUCACACCAUUGAGUACGUUUUGGGUACUGUGUCUAACACUGCUUCAUAUUUGCGUUUGUGGGCUUUGUCUCUUGCUCACGCCCAGCUUGCUGAAGUUUUCUGGCAAAUGACUAUUGGCUUGGCACUUAACAUGUUGGAAUCCAGCAAGGUCGCCGAAGAUGCUGUUGUUCACAGUGGUGUUGGUCUCUUCUUCAUCUUCUCAAUUUGGUUUGGUAUGACCAUUGGUGUCUUGUUGCUCAUGGAAUCCUUGUCUGCCUUCUUGCACACCAUCAGAUUGACUUGGGUCGAAUUCCAAAACAAAUUCUUUAAGGGAACUGGUUCUCUCUUCCGUCCAUUCAGUUUUGCUACAUUCGGAAAGGCUGAAGAGUAA